CAGUGUGCGCCGGCGCCUUCCACCGCCGCCGCCGCCACCACCAUGGAAUCCAACAGGGACGAGGCGGAGCGUUGUAUUGCUAUCGCGGUGGCCGCCAUCAAGGCCAACCAGAUUGAAAAAGCGCGUCGUUUCUUGGAGAAGGCGCAGCGCCUCUACCCGUCUCAGCGGGUCCGCGUGCUACUUGACUCCCUCACCAAGAGUGAACAGUCAUCGAAUGGCCAUUCCCAGACCAAGGAAUCCACAAACCCCAACCGUAGAAAAAUGAGUGGCGACUUCACUUCAGCCAAUGGAGAGGCAGGUGGGGAUAUCAGUAAAGGUUACACUCAGGAUCAGGUAGAUGCAGUUAAGAGGGUGAAACAAUGUAAAGAUUAUUACGAAAUUCUGGGUGUGAGCAGAGAUGCCUCUGAUGAAGACUUGAAAAAGGCAUACAGGAAAUUAGCGCUGAAAUUUCACCCAGAUAAGAACCAUGCGCCGGGUGCUACGGAGGCCUUUAAAGCCAUUGGUAAUGCAUACGCAGUAUUGAGUAACCCCGAGAAGAGGAAGCAGUACGACCAGUUUGGAGAUGCAAAAGUCAGUCCCACGCGGCACGGGCACGGCCCUACAGACUUCAACCGAGGCUUUGAGGCCGACAUCUCUCCUGAGGAUCUCUUCAACAUGUUCUUUGGUGGCGGUUUCCCUUCUAGCCCCACCCUUAAUAGAGAGCCCAAAGGAAGAAGAUACUGGGAGUGCAGCGUCUCUACCCGCAACGUGAAGCCUCCAAGUGUGGUGGAGUCUGCAAGGAGGGAACGCCGGGGAGAGCCGCGUAACGUUCAUGUAUACAGCAAUGGCAGGAUGCGGUAUACCUACCACCAGAGGCAAGACAGGCGAGAACAUCAAGGCGAUGGUGGCCUUGGGCUAUUUGUCCAGCUGAUGCCCAUCCUCAUCCUCAUCAUUGUGUCUGCUCUCAGCCAGAUGAUGGUCUCCAGUCCACCUUACAGUUUGAGCCACAGACCGUCUGUCGGCCAUAUACACAAGAGAGUGACUGAGCAUUUGAAAGUAGGUUACUAUGUAGCUGACAACUUUGCAGAAGAAUAUACUGGCACAAAUCUGAAAAAUGUGGAAAGGAGCGUGGAAGAUGAUUACAUUGCAAACCUCAGAAAUAACUGUUGGAAGGAAAAACAGCAGAAGGAAGGCUUGCUCUACCGGGCGCGUUACUUUGGAGAUUCAGAUCUGUAUCAGAGAGCACAGAAGAUGGGCACGCCAAGCUGCAGCAGACUGUCUGAGGUUCAGGCAUCGAUGCAUGGAUAGCUGUCGAAGAAACAGUCCACAGAGAUCUAAACUCUUCAAAUGCCUGAAGACUUUGGGGGAAGUGCACUGAGCCAAGGAGACAGACUUUCUAUUUAAAGAAUAAGACCUUAAAUUAAAAUGGAAUUGGAGAAUUA